AAAGGCAGUCUACCUCUCAUCUUUUACAUCGUCAAUCCCUUCUAUCUCAACUGGCCUCACGGUAAGUUCAGCAUGAGCACUCGCGACUCGUUUCCUCAAUUCAGCCGUCUCCCUCUCGAACUCCGUUGUCUCAUCUGGUUCCACUGUCUCCCCCGCCGCAUCGCAGAAGAAGACAUCCCCUACACCCUCCUCGACGGCAAACGCUCUCGUCAAGCCUGCUGGCCCAACCGGACCACUUUUAAAAACGCCCGGGUGCCCUACGUUGCCGCGGUCAGCCGUGAAGCACGCCAGACGGUCUUCGAAUGGGGCCAGCACCAAAAGUCACAGGACGAUACUAGUCUAGAGACGAUAUGGCUCCAGCCCAAGAUUGAUUUGGCACUUCACCUUAACUGGACGCGGAGGAGGAAUCACGCGUUUUACCAGGUCUAUGAUGCUUAUGUUCCUGGUUAUGAUGAGACCCCGCUGGUGAUGCUCAUCUAUAGGGCACGCUGGGAUUAUGGCAUGCGGAUAUCCCUCGUUGGAGAUGUAAUCCAUCCCUUCGAUGUGGGAGAGUUGAUGAUAGAUACUGCCACCACUACUAAUAACUCACCACCAUCUGACUCCGAGCCCGUGGCAUCGGCAACCCCAAGCAUACCCAUUACCGAAGUGCAAGACGAAAGGGCAGAGGAUAUCUAUCACAUCGUGGCUUUUGCCGAGGAUCAAACCAUAUACCUGACUCUAGUAGCCAUCUCGCUGCAUGUCGACAAAGCAGCCGCUCUAGCAUCUGGUCUCUUUGGCUUACUAGGCGAUGCCUUGGUGCAAACCGUCGACUUUGACGACGUACCUCGCUUACGUCAAUUCUACAAGUUGUACAACUCAGAUCCUACCUUGAAGGAAGCAGAGCCCCAUGUGGAAAAGCUCUUCAACGUCAUCCUCAGCGGGGAAUUCCACGCAGCCGUGCUCUCGUGGGAGAAGAAAAUCAGAUGGCUUCUCCAGGUCGCCGCUUGGAAGCGGAUACAGAAGGAUCAGCCCGAGAGUUUUGGGGACACAAAUCCUGCAUUGGUGUGGAAGCCUCCUGUGCCGAAGGAGCAGCGGUACAUGCGGAUGGACGAAUACAUGCCUGAUGAAGAGAAUUCUUGGUGGGGGGAAUAUGCAGGGGUACAGACGCCGAAGGUGAUGCCGCAGGUUAUGGCGAGGCUGUGCGAUAAUCAGUGUUAUAGGGAGGAGAGACAGCCGGAGAAGUUUGGGGAUGUGUAGUUUGGGGAGUAUAGGCGAGGCGCUGAAGCCUCGCUGUGAGGUGAAGCCAGAUGGACGAGGUAAGAUUGGUUACUGAGGUAUUGCACUGCUAAUUACACCCGUUUCAGCUGAGAUUUGUGUAGAUUUUCUUUUUCUCUACUUGAGAAAAUAACCUGUGUAUUUUUAUUGCUGAGCAGAAACCCUUACUACAAAAAUAUACACACACAGCCAUUCCGCGGCUAGACAAAAAUCGAAUACACAUAUCUCGGCCGCCUACAAUUUCUUAGGGUAUCAUAUUAUACUCCAGCCCGCCUUUUCCUCCUCCUUUCCCCCUUCUGUCCCCCGCCCUUGACCCUCUCUUGUCCCCAUUUUCCUACCUCGCACCCCCCAUCUCAUGCGACACCCCCCCGCCACGUUCGGCACCGGUAGGGCGCACGUACAUCUCAUACAAUGGUGGCGGACUCCCCACUUUGUUGGCAUACUGUGACAUCUGCUGCGGAGCAAUCUGGGUGAACCCCCCCGGCGCCGGGGUGCCUCCUGCUAACUCGUGCUGCGCCUGCUGCUGUCCGUUGUUAAAUCCCCCUGUUGCAUGAGGAGGUCCGCCAUUGAAGAUUCUAGCUGCCUGAGGCGCCGGAGAACUAGACAUCUCAUACUGCCCCUGAGGCGUCGAAUUUCCAACCCAUUGGGGAGGCUGCGAUGGCGCUAAUGUGCCUUGUCCG